AAUGCAAGGCAAAAUCUGGGGCAAAAUUAUUUAUAUACACUGUGGGCAAAAUUAUUUAUAGGGCAAAAUAACCCAAAGGCGCUGGUGCUAGAAGUUGGCUAGUGACGACCCCAACAAGAUUUUUACAGAUACCAGUCCGUUUUGACCCCAAUUCCAAUCCGUUUUGAUUUGAAUUGAUUUAAAUUGGGGUUAUUGACAAGAAACUUGUUCUACAGCAUUGAAAAACAAAUUUUCCUGAUGGCUGCAGUGUGAUUUUCCUAUUUGAUUUUAUUGAAUGCUGGAGUACAGUUGGAUUGCUGUUGAGCACUCACACAAUCUUUAAUUUCUUCAAGUUAUAUUCAGUCACUACAGUGAACCACAGGCCUCUUCCUUGUUUGAGCAUUCUCCCAUCAACAUUGCAGUCAAUUUAAGUUUCCUGCCCCAAGUUUUCAAGUAAAGGGAUUCUUCUUUUGAGCUUUCACAAUGCCAGAACCAGUGGAAACAACAGAGCUGAGAGUAGGUGAAGAAGAUAUUCCUGUUUACGUCAUGACAUUCAAAGACGUAAAAAAUGUCAAGGAGCUGAAACCCAUGCUCAUGGAUGGACGGAUCAAUGUUGCACUGGUGUCUGCCAAAAAGAUUGUCUCACCAUUCCAGCUGUUGGUCGCCACCAACAUUGCUCUACACAAUCAGCUGGAUGGCACUAUGAAAACCAAAAACAUAAACUCUGAGAUCAUAUUCUCACUGUCCCCUGGAAAACAGAUCUCUGAGGCGUUCCGCUCGUUCGGCGCCGGGCCCGGCGACACGGCGGUGGCGGCCGUGGCCGUGUCGGACCGCUCGCGCCUGGAGCCGCUGUGUCAGGCGCUGCAGGGCACCGCCGUGCCGCCCGAGCAGCUGGCCCAGCUCGGUGACGAACAGGCCGUCAUCAAACAGUACGCCGUCACCGAACAGGAGCUGACCGUCGGCACCCUCGAACAGGCCGUGGUCAGCCGGAUCGCCUCCCGCUGCGCUACGUGACCGGAGUUUGCGAGUGCUUCGCCGCUGGGGACUUGUGCUAAUCUCCGGACCGAGCGUGGUGCCGCCAUGCAGCGUGUGUUCUCACGCGCCUCUCUGGUGUUUGCGCAACAGCCUUCUCGUUGAGUGCGGACGUGAUGUUGGUUCUGAAGCGUGAUCAUGGUGUGAAGAAGACCGUUUUAGUUGUUCGUUGUUUGUAUGAAUUGCCAAGGCACCAGGCGCUUUCGGCGCUAGGGUGCACCCCUUAGCUGUUGGUGAUGCCACGUCUCUCACUGUGGCGUACGCUUGUGAACGCAGUUAUGCUCAGUGGGUUCACUGAACAUGGACUGCCUUGUCGUUUCGUAUUGAAUUGAAAAUGUACAGUUUUCCACA